AUGAGUGAAAGGAGGCGAUCUGCCGCAGCUCUGAGCUCUAGAGCCCACGCUUUUUCCGUGGAAGCCCUGAUCGGCUCCAACAAGAAGAGGAAGCUCCGGGGCUGGGAGGAGAAGGAGCUGGAGUUGUCCAUGGAGAGCCUCGCCACGGACGGAGAGGAUCCGGCGCACUGUCUGGAUAUGGAUCCCGACUCAGAGGCGAGUCCCGGCUCGGACGGAGAAGGUCUAGCCGAGAGGACGUCGUGUUCUUUCGGCUCAUCUGCCGAUCUGGCCCCGGGCCCCUGCGACCCGUCUCCCCCGGCCUCCAUGGAUGAGAUUCAGGUGGAGCUGCAGUGCGCGGACCUGUGGAAGCGCUUCCACGACAUCGGCACAGAGAUGAUCAUCACCAAAGCGGGCAGGAGGAUGUUUCCAGCCAUGCGUGUAAAGAUAGCAGGUCUGGACCCUCAUCAGCAGUACUACAUUGCCAUGGACAUAGUGCCUGUGGACAACAAGAGAUACAGGUAUGUGUACCACAGCUCCAAGUGGAUGGUGGCGGGAAACGCAGACUCUCCGGUUCCUCCGCGGGUCUACAUCCACCCAGAUUCUUUGGCCUCAGGGGACACGUGGAUGAGGCAGGUGGUCAGCUUUGACAAGCUCAAACUCACCAACAACGAGCUGGAUGACCAGGGGCAUAUCAUCCUCCACUCCAUGCACAAGUAUCAGCCUCGUGUUCAUGUCAUCAGGAAGGACUUCAGCAGUGAACUGUCUCCAAACAAACCAGUGCCCAGUGGGGAAGGAGUGAAGACCUUCAGCUUCCCCGAGACAGUCUUUACCACCGUCACUGCUUAUCAGAACCAGCAGAUUACCAGACUAAAGAUUGACCGCAACCCAUUUGCCAAAGGUUUCAGAGACUCUGGAAGAAACAGGACUGGCCUUGAGGCGAUCAUGGAAACAUAUGCUUUCUGGAGACCUCCAGUGAGGACACUCACAUUUGAAGACUUUACAAAUAUGCAGAAACAGCAAGGUGGCAGCACAGGCACUUCUCCUACCACCUCCAGCACAGGAACUCCAUCUCCCUCUAGUGCAGCACACCUCCUUUCUCCCUCCUGCUCCCCUCCAACCUUUCACUUGGCCCCUAACACCUUCAAUGUGGGCUGUAGGGAAAGUCAGCUUUGCAACCUUGGCCUGUCGGAGUACCCUGCCUGUGCUCGCAGCAACAUGGCGGCCCUACAGGGGUAUGGCGGCCUGGCUGAAAGUUCAUAUGGACGCCUCCAGGCUGCAGGGAGUGCUGUGGCCUCUGGUCAGCCCUCUGAAUCCUUUUUGCCACAGAGGACUUCCUCUUUGAUUGCUGCCGGCAUGCAGGGUGGCACUCACGCUUCCCUGACUGGCAGCGGCAGUGGUGGCGGUGGCGGGGGCAAAAUGGAUGGCUAUAGCGGUCAGCUCGGCUCAUUCCCAGCCUCUCAGCUUCAGUACAUGAUGCAGACUGGGGGAAGCUCCAGCUCAGCCUCGUCCUCUUCAUCCGGAUCCACCCCUUCCUCUGCCCACAUGUUUGGUGGAAGCCACCACCACGUGCAGCAGGGCUCCUACAACGCUUUCUCCCUCCACAACCCUUACAAUUUGUAUGGAUAUAACUUCCCCACUUCUCCUCGCCUGGCCGCCAGCCCCGAGAAACCCCAGGGCGGUUUGCUCUGCUCCUCCACUCCUGCAGGGGCAUUCGCCGAGCGCCAGUACUUGUCCAACGGAAGCAUGGACACCAUGCACAUGAUCGGCAACACCACCGGUGGCCAGCAAAGCAGCAGCUCUUGUGACGGACGUCAGUAUGGCUCCUCGUCUCAGAUGUCCAUGCACAUGGUGUAGGAACUCAGACCCAACCUUUCAGGGUGCCACGUUUUUAAUGUCUUCAAUAUGAAAAGUAAAUCUACGAACCUGGUUUGGUGUUAAGUUUGAACCAGUGUUUUCACAUGAAGGAUA